AUGAUAUUGCAACAGCAAAGGUCGACCUGGAAGGAAAACGAAGCCCUCAUUGACGAAUGCAUGAGCGCCCUCCGCGAGAUUGAGAUGAAAAUGACACUCUUCUCAGGCGUCGCCGUGGUCACAGGCGCUGCUUCAGAAAUGGGUGAGAGGGAGGAUGAGAUGGAAUGUAAGCCUGGGACUGACAGAGUGAUCUCAGGCAUCGGCCGCCAGGUGGCAAUCUCAUUCGCCCGUGAGGGCUGCAAGCGCAUCGCUCUGCUCGACAGAGAUGAGGACGGCGCGCUGGAGACGGCUCGCAUGUGCCGGGAGGCCAACGGGGAGACGCGCACUUUUGUCAUGGAGAUUGACAACCGCAACGACGAGGACAUUGCAUCGUGUAUGGAGAAUGUUGUAGAGGAAUGGGGUCGGAUCGAUUAUGCAGUUAACUGUGCUGGCAUGUUUGGACCAAAGGCACCGUCACACCUCCUGACGCCCGCUGAGUUUGACGAGAUCACCAACAUCAACUACCGCGGCACAUGGCUAUGCUCGCGGGCGGAGCUCACGCAUAUGAUUAAGCAGGAAUCCAUGAAGACGCACGACGGCAGACCAGGGAACCGGGGGGUCAUUGUCAAUGUUGCGAGUAAUCUCAGCCUGGUUAGCCGGCCAGAGACACCGGCCUACAACGCUUCCAAGGCGGCUAUCUUAAGUAUGACGAGAAGCGAUGCCAUCGAUGUGGGUUUCCUUCUACGACGAGAGACUCCAAGUCUGACAGCUAGUAGGAUCAUUGACACGCCCAUGACAAGUGAAGUCUCAUCAGAUGAUCCCAUGAUCGCAGUAGCGCCAAUGAAGCGGAAAGGAACGCCGCAAGAAGUCGCCGAUGCCGUCUUAUUCCUCUGCAGUUCUAAGGCGUCUUUUAUCCACGGCGCCUCGUUGUCCGUUGACGGCGGCUACGUUAUCAACUAA